AUGCCUAUCUUUCAAGACCCUGAUCGUCAACGGUUCUAUGACCAGUGGUCGGAUGACCACCCCCAAGAGGUCGAGCAGCAAGAUGGCUCUUCCUCGUGGGUUCGCAGCCAUGAGGACAGCCAAAGGCCUCACUCCUCUGGGAGGAGUGCGGAUGUUUCUAAUGAAAGCUACAUGUCGAGUCCCAGUCUUUCGAAGUUGCGAGCAAGCGAUCGGGAGGAGUUAAUACGGUAUAUCAAAAGCGCCGAUGCUUCUGCCUGGACUCAGCAUCAUAUGUCUCGAGAGGCCGAUUCGCAUCCUCUCAAGCCAUGCACAUCUGACGAAUAUCCACGGACGCAGAAGCGUACAGAUUCAUUCAGGGAUUUUAUGGAUACGGACGACCAGAAGGAGCCAGAGGAACUUGCUUCGCCGGCCGAGAUACAACGCCCUCGCUCAGCCCUGCAUUCUGGCGACUUUCGAGAAGGCACUGCUCAGGAUCAGAGCCAGCAACAAGCACCGCGGUCUCCCCAUCCCAAAUACCGUCCUCUCGCACAGUUUUCUCAAUUAAGCUCAUCUCCGACCACGCCCUGGUUUACCACACCUGUCUUUUCCACGCCUUUCCGAGGGCAGGAAUCGGGACAUCAGCAAGAAGAGGCUACGAGCCCAGGUCUGCGUUCACGAGCACCGUCUUUGGGCUCAUUCUCCUCCAGCUACGUCCUGAAAGCUCCAACGAGUCCUUUGGUUUACCAAGCAAAUAACACUGAUCUGGACUUUUCGCUGAAAAGUGAGUACUGCGAGAAUCAUUCAGCUUCGGAUAAAGUCAGUCGCCGUCGCACACUGCCUCCAGAGACAUUUCGGAAUCUUCAGGAUUCGCCUCCCCCUUCUCCACGUGUGAUUAACCUUAACACUGGUCACUCACCUGGAACCUUCCACAAUUCACUCUCGUUCCAAGCGCAUCCACCACGGAAAUCAUUGGCCUCUUCGUACAGUCUUCAACUGGCUUCAUCAGUCCAACAUCCGUCCUGGAAAGCCAGAAGACCCUCGCUCGCCGGUGAAAUCUCCUGCAAGACCCAUGCGCCAUUGGUAGGAUCCUACGAGGAGUCGAUUCUCCGCGGGAGGAUGUCAAUGAACCCGUCCAAACCACUCGACUUCACUGCCCAAAUUGGUGUGCUGGGCAAAGGAAAGUGCAAGUCGAAUCUCAAAUGCCCACCACACGUCACAAUUCCAUUCCCUGCGGUCUUUUACAGUUAUCCUACUUCCGGAAAGGGUCGCUCCAUUUCGGACGACAAUCCAAGCCCCUACGUGGGUAUGAUUGAUCUCGGGAAUUCCUUGCCUAAGGAUAGCUCAAACGUCACUCGCCGCCACCGGCAUCACCAAAGCCCUGCUGGUACAUCCAAGGACCAAAGAACUGAUGUUGGCGUCGGAUCGGAGUAUCAGACCCAGGAAGCCCUGCGCAUGAGGGAGAAGCGAAAUCGACGAGCCGAUUCACCCAAAUGCCCACCAGGCGGAUGUUAUCGUAUACCACAACAGGGCCAGCUGCAAAUUAUGAUCAAGAAUCCGAACAAGACAGCUGUCAAACUCUUCCUUGUACCUUACGAUCUCAGCGAAAUGGAGCCUGGCACCAAAACUUUCAUACGCCAAAGAAGUUACUCAGCAGGUCCCAUAAUUGAUAUGCCUUUGUCCGCCAGGAAGAACUUCGGCACUGAUCGACCGGAGGCUUCUUUGAACGCUUCUGAAGAUCCCAAAGACAAACCUAUACUACGUUAUUUGAUCCACUUGAAUAUCUGUUGUCCUUCAAAGGGUCGUUUCUAUCUCUACUCGAGUAUUCGUGUUGUCUUUGCAAAUCGAGUGCCUGACGGUAAAGAAAAGUUGCGAAACGAGAUACAACACCCCGAUCCUCGGUAUACACCAUACAAACCAGUCCGUGACACUAACGCUACCAAUAUACAUUCAAAAGCGGCGAAAGGGUACACGAAAAUCGCUGCGGAUCUGGGUUCAUUACCAGGUUCUCAUGCGGCAGGGGAGUGCUCUUAUUUUCAUCAUACUUCACACUGUCACGCGAUGCCUCUUAUCAGUUCAGUUGAUGAAGCAGCUACUGCAAAGCAUCAUUACGAGAUGAGACUUCAUCCUUUCCAGCGCAUCCCGUCCCCUAGGGAAACCCCGCUUCCGCAGCGUACUUCUGACAACAAUGCAACUGAAGUCAGGACUUAUCGUAAACUCAGCAGGGGUGAUCUCGGAUAUGGUGGUCUUCCAUACAGCUCUUCUGGCGUAUCUGAAGCCGGGGAAAGUUUGCUCGCGAAGAGGCUGAGAGGGCUAGACGUACAAAAACAUGAGUCUUCAGCUCCGAAUUGA